AUGUCAUUUUCCUUUUACUCAAAAGAAGCAGAAAUCAAAGAUAAGGUUGCCUUAAUCACCGGAGGAACCAAGAAUUUAGGCGCUAAUACAGCAAGUGAACUUGCUAGAUUUGGUGCUAACUUGUUCCUUCAUUACCAUUCUGGAAGUGACAAGGCUAAAUCAGAAGAAUUUGCUGCGGAAUUGACUAAGAAGUUUGGAGUCAAGGUUGAACUUUACCAAGGCCCAUUAAACACCAACAAGGAAUUGGAAGACUUGUUUGCUGCUGCCAACAAGGCGUUUGGUGGUGUUGAUAUUGCUAUUAACAAUAUUGGUAAGGUUAUCAAGAAGCCAAUUGUUGAGAUCACCGAAGAAGAAUUUGAAUCCAUGGAUCAGAUCAACAAUAAAACCGCUUUUUACUUCAUUAAAGAAGCUGGUAAGAAUCUUAACAAAAACGGUAAGAUCAUCUCAAUUGUCACUUCCUUAUUAGCUGCUUACACUCCAUUCUACAGUAUUUACCAGGGAUCCAAGGCUGGUGUUGAAUUCUACACCAAAGCUGCCUCUAAGGAAUUUCAAGAUAAAGGCAUCUCUGUUAACAGUGUAGCUCCAGGUCCAAUGGACACCCCCUUCUUGUACCCACAAGAAGCCAAUGGUGACAUUGAAUACUAUAAGACCGUUGCCUUACACGACAGAUUAACCAAGGUGGAGGAUAUUGUGCCAAUUGUCAGAUUUUUAGCAACCGAAGGUGGAUGGAUUACUGGUCAAACCAUCUUUGCUUCCGGUGGUUUCACUGCUCGUUAA